UGUUCAGACUCGAGUAAUCACUGGUAAUUACCCUAUCUAAUCCGUAUAUCCACGCUCGCUCCCUCGGGCGGUCCAUGUCUCAGCCCGCCAUCACCGUGUGGCUUUGAAGCAUUCAGAUCUGGUUAGUCCAGGGACAAUCAAUUAACACACAGUCGCAAAUGAUGACGACUCCUUCCCGUUGUCGAUAAACAACUCAUCACCUCCAUCCCAAGAACGAGGGCCGACUUUUUGCUCUUUCAGCCUGCCUCAGCGACGCCCCAACUGGCGCCUCUCACCUUUCUGAGCUUCCAUCCCACCCACGACGGAUGAUGAAAUCAACCAACCAACCAACUAUCUCUCUAACUAUUGCCUUAGCCUCGCGCCGCUAAUGCGACUCAUCCUGGCUUGUCUACACCCAUCGGGCAUGGGGAGCGCACUUGGCCUCCCCAGUUUAAUCUCUUACUCCCUGCAAUCCUCCGAUCUGGUGUGCCUCGCCACGUCGGCUUCCCUUGAAGAGCUGAGCAUGGCUACCGAGAUAUGUGCACGCAACCUGGGCCUGUCCAUGGCGGCUCCGGCGCCGAUCGCCUUUGCAAAUCACGCGGGAGGGGAACUGGCCAGGGUGCGGUCUAGAGUGGCCUCCCAGGCUCCUGUUGCAUCCAUGCGUUCCGCCCAGCGACAGUGUGACGUGACGCUGGCAUGACGAUGUCUCGUGGCGUUCGUCAGGGAUGCCGUCAAUGCCUUGAGCCUUGAGCCUUGACUGCCUCCUCUGAAAGUACCUGCUCUCCACUCAUUCUAAACCGCCAAACCGCUAGGCCACGCGAGAAAGGUUAACUCGCGAAUCAAUGCCUCCGAGCAUUAGCGAAACCCAGAGCGGUGAGAAGCCAGCGGC